CUUGUAAGCCAUUACCAAACUCUAUUCGAUCUGCCUUCACCGCAUCCAAUAGUUCUACUACGAGUUUGUGAGCCAUUGUCAUAUAAUGGCGAGCAGGUUCCCAAAACCCAGAAGUAGGUACUCUUUGAGUGAAGCAAUAAUGAGUACAAACAGUACUGGGAUUACUAGUAAUAAUGGAGGAGGAGUAGUUCCAUACAGUACUGAUACUAUUAGACCUCAUGAGGAGCGCAAGAGUAUCCAGUUUAUUGAUUUCCCGACCAAUUAUGAAGAAAUCGUGAAGUUCAUCAAUGGAAAGCAUUCUCCGGAGGACAACACUGACUUUCCUGUUGAUGACCUUUUCACGAUCACUGAGAUCAUCAUUAAGCAUGCAACCGAUGAUUCGAUGGUCAAUGAUAUUCUGAAGGAGACCAAUGCUCCAUAUGAGAAGGUCCCCAGCAUCAACGACGGAUUCGUCUCGCCAUUGUGCAUUCUUAAGUCCAUUUGCUGCGAGAUCUCAAGAUGUAAGGAUAAGGCUUGUUCUGGUGAAGAAAUUUCCAUCCGAACAAAGAGGGAAGUGAUAUUUGACAAGCUAAAACCCUAUCCAUGGGAGGCUAAGGCAGUGCUGGCCCUAGCGGCUUUCGCUUUGGAAUAUGGAGACUUCUGGCACCUCGCCCAGCUCUAUGGCCAAUGUAACCAACUUACCAAUUCAGUGGCUAUCCUGAAGCGAGUACCCGUCCUUAUCAAUCAAGCGACCUUGAAGGAACGCCAGGGACAAGUACUUGAACUGAAUGGUCUCAUCAAGGACACUUUGGAAGUGACUCGUUUGAUCUGUAAGGUUGAGGGUCUUUAUAUUCUCAAUCGUACAGAGGAUCUACCAACGUUGCAGACUGCAGUAGAUGAUAUCCCAAUCUAUGUCUUUUGGAUAAUCACAGCAAUUGUAGCUUGCGCGGCUAAGGUCACCCAUCUCACUAGUGAUGAAAAGAAGCCAUACCCUCUAUCCGAUGUUGUUAAAGAAAUCGGGCGCAUACGGGAGAUCCUUGAUGAACUGCAUGGAAGAUGCGUAGAAGAACUAGAGGUGGCAAAGAACUACAAGAAGCUGCUAAGGAAAAUGAAGGACGCCCAACGCACUCGUGAGAUUACGGAGGUUAUUAAAACCCUGAUUCUUUUCAAGGACGGGAAGCUACCUGUCAUUAGUGAGGGUAAUAGCAACGAGGAGGUUAAGUUUGAAACAUUUGCCGACCUAGUAAAGGAAAACUCUGUGUUGUUUUACAUUUCGAGCCUGGAGAAAAUUAUAGAGGCUGACAUUGCAGAUCUGAUAAAAGUUUAUGAUGAAAUUCAAAAAAAUAAUAUAAGAUGGAGGAUUGUGUGGAUCCCCAUUGUCGAAGAAGGGACGAAAAACCAGACUGAGAAGUUUGAGAAAUGGGGAUCGAAGAUGCCAUGGUACAAGGUGCAGUUUUUUUCUUCAACAGUCAUCAAGUACCUCAAGGAGGAAUGGUCCUACACGGGUAAUGCAACGUCCUUGGUGAUGGACUCAGAAGGGCAGAGGAAAUACCCCAAUGCACUCACCUUGAUCCGGAACUAUAAAGAUAAAUUCUUUCAUAUCCUCCUGCAGCUUCCAUUGAUCUCUAUAUUUGCGAAUAUGAAGAACAAAACUCUAGAAAAUGGGAGCAAAGAUGACACCAAGUGCAUUUUCUUAUGCGGAGGCAUGGAUGAGUCGCACUUUGACGAUUUGAAAAAGAAAGUGAUGGACGCAAGUGAUACCAUCAAAGAUUUCGGUGUGUCGAUUGAGUUAUUUAGGCUGGAAUCACUGGAGGGAAACGAGGCAAAAGCAGGAGAGCAACCAAAAUACUCGGCAGAUCAUGAGAGUUUUUGGUUGGGGAUAAAGUGCUUGUUGGAUAAUUACAUACAUAGAGUGGAGUGCAAGACCGUGACAAAAGAACUCUGCAAGCUGCUGUCCUACAAAAAUCAUGGGGAAUGGGUUAUGGUUAGCCAAGGGUAUAAGCUUAUAACCAGUGGUCGUCCUGUCACAAUUUCUAUGGCCCUGGGAUAUAUGUCACAGUGGAAGCAACAAAACUUAGUACUUACAAAAUUCGAAUUCGGAGAUUAUUUCCUUCAAGAACAUAAGAAGGCUAUAACUGUUUAUCUGGCUGAUAAUAAAGAUCAGCAUGAUCCCGACUGCUGCAAAUUUGACAUUUCAGUUGGGAAUAUCCCCAAGAACAUGGACUGCCCAGUCUGCGACCGUUCCAUGGAACGCAUCUUUAUCAUCAGCUACAAGUGCUGCCACGGUGCCACCGCAACCAGUCAUUGACAGAAUCACCGGGGAGUCAGAGUGUUGUGUGCCUGUGUGUUUUUCUUUCUCUUUUUCGUUUGCGCUGUGUCUGUAAUAUAAUAAUGUACGUACGUGACCUGUGAGGAUUAAGUACGUACUAAAUUCAUGUGUUUGCACAUGCGGGAGUCCUUAAUGUGAACAAUAAUGGGCAAUUUCAUUACGUUGGUAAUGUAAAUUGAUGCCCACAGUGUGCUAAAUUGCUUCCAGUAUUACUACUGCAAUAAUUAAUAUUGCGCUACUCGUUUGAAUAACCA